CAGGCAGACGGACUCGCAGGCGGGUGGCGGCGGCGGCCGUGCUUGUUAGUGAGGGCGGGAGGGAGUGACUCACUGAGCGUGUGUGAGGGAGGGAAGCGAGCGAGCAACCCGCGCCGUCCUCCCGCAGCACCAGCCAGGCCACGCCGCCGCCUCUUCCCCUGCGCCCAGCGCCCAGGCCGGGCUGAGCCGAGCCGAGCCGGGUCGGGCCCGGGCCAUGCUGCUCACCGUGUACUGUGUGCGGAGGGACCUCUCCGAGGUGACCUUUUCCCUCCAGGUCGACGCCGACUUCGAGCUGCACAACUUCCGCGCGCUGUGCGAGCUCGAGUCUGGCAUCCCCGCAGCCGAGAGCCAGAUUGUCUAUGCUGAAAGACCUCUCACAGACAACCACAGAUCAUUGGCUUCUUAUGGCUUAAAAGAUGGCGAUGUUGUGAUUUUACGACAGAAGGAGAAUGCAGACCCUCGACCUCCAGUGCAGUUCCCAAACUUACCCCGCAUAGAUUUCAGUAGUAUAGCUGUGCCUGGCACAUCAAGUACCCGGCCGCGCCAGCCACCAGGAACACAGCAGUCCCACUCAUCUCCUGGAGAAAUCACUUCAUCUCCUCAGGGCUUGGACAAUCCAGCCUUGCUCCGAGAUAUGUUGCUGGCCAACCCGCAUGAGCUGUCCUUGCUGAAGGAACGCAAUCCACCCUUGGCAGAAGCUCUGCUCAGUGGAGACCUUGAGAAAUUUUCUAGAGUCCUGGUGGAGCAGCAGCAGGACCGAGCCCGGAGAGAGCAAGAAAGGAUUCGUCUGUUUUCUGCUGAUCCCUUUGACCUUGAAGCUCAGGCCAAGAUAGAAGAAGACAUAAGGCAACAGAACAUUGAAGAAAACAUGACAAUAGCUAUGGAAGAGGCUCCAGAAAGUUUUGGUCAAGUAGUGAUGCUUUAUAUUAACUGCAAAGUGAACGGACAUCCUGUGAAAGCCUUUGUUGACUCAGGUGCCCAGAUGACUAUUAUGAGCCAAGCUUGUGCAGAAAGGUGUAAUAUAAUGAGACUGGUGGACCGUCGGUGGGCAGGGAUUGCCAAAGGAGUGGGCACCCAGAAGAUUAUUGGAAGGGUACAUCUAGCUCAGGUUCAGAUUGAAGGAGAUUUUUUGGCAUGUUCCUUCUCUAUACUUGAGGAACAGCCCAUGGACAUGCUUCUGGGACUGGACAUGCUUAAACGGCAUCAGUGUUCCAUUGACUUGAAGAAAAAUGUACUCGUGAUCGGCACCACAGGCUCCCAGACUACCUUUCUUCCUGAGGGAGAGCUACCAGAGUGCGCCCGGUUGGCAUAUGGGGCCGGACGAGAGGAUGUGCGGCCAGAGGAGAUUGCAGACCAAGAAUUAGCAGAAGCCCUUCAAAAAUCAGCAGAGGAUGCAGAGAAAAGCGGUAAAGAAUCUACCUCACUGGGAAUGUCAUCAUUACCAACUUCAGAUGGGUUUAACCAUCCAGCCCAUUCUUCAGGACAGAGUCCUGAGAUUGCUAAUCCUACGAGUCUUGCUCGCUCUGUCUCUGCUUCAGUCUGCCCUGUCAAGCCCAGUGACCCAGAUAGCAUUGAACCUAAAGCUGUGAAAGCUUUGGAGGCUUCAGCUAAAUUCCAGAUAAACUCUAAAAAGAAAGAACAUCUUUCUUUACAAGAUCUUUCUGAUCAUGCUUCUUCAGCAGACCAUGCUCUGACAGACCAGAGUCCAGCUAUGCCUUUGCAGAAUUCAUCCGAAGAAACAACUGUUGCAGGUAAUCUGGAGAAAUUUGCUGAAAGAAGCACCCAGGGCCUCAAAUUUCAUCUCCAUACAAGACAGGAAGCUAGUUUAUCUGUCACAACUACUAGGAUGCAUGAACCACAGAUGUUUCUAGGUGAAAAGGAUUGGCAUCCAGAACAUCAGAACCUGAGUCAAGUGAAUGGCCUUCAGCAGCACGAAGAACCAGGGAAUGAACAGUAUGAGGUUGCACAACAAAACACUUUAUAUGACCGAGAGUAUCUUUGUAACAUAGGGGACCAUGAGCUUCCUGAAGAAAGGCAACAGAAUCAACACAAAAUUGUUGAUUUGAAAGCUAUGAUGAAAGGAAAUGGGCUCCCACAGAAUGUGGAUCCUCCAAGUACGAAGAAAAGUAUUCCACCUUCAGGAUGCGGUGGCUGCUCAAAUUCAGAAACACUUAUGGAAAUAGAUGUAGCUGAACAGUCCCUAGUUACUGUGCUUAAUUCAACAGGCAGGCAGAAUGCCAGUGUCAAGAACAUUGAUGCGUUGGAUCUCACUUUAGAUAAUCCCUUGAUGGAAGUAGAAACAUCCAAAUGUAACCUUUCAUCUGAAAUUUUGAAUGAUUCCAUUUCCACUCAGGAUUUACAGUCCGCAGAAACUAAUGUUGAAAUAUCUGGAACAAAUGAAGAAUAUGGCCAUUACUCCUCCUCUCCAAAUCUCUGUGGCAGUUGUCAGCCCUCUGUGGAGUCAGCAGAAGAAUCUUGUUCAUCUGUAACGGCAGCCUUGAAAGAACUUCAUGAACUUCUGGUUGUUAGCAGUAAACCAGCUUCAGAAAAUACAUCUGAAGAAAUAAUAUGUCAAUCAGAAACCAUAGUUGAGGGCCAAACCAGUAUUAAAGACCUUUCUGAAAGAUGGACCCAAAAUGAACAGCUUACCCAGAAGGAACAAUGUCCACAAGUCUCCUUUCAUCAGGCCAUGUCUGUAUCAGUGAAGACAGAAAAAUUAACAAGUACUUCAUCUGUCACUGGAAUAGAAGCUGUAGAAAAUGGUGAUGGCCUGUCAACUGAUAAGGAGGGUGUCCCCAAAUCUAGGGAAUCCAUAAACGAGAACAAUUCUAUCACUAUAACCUCAGCUAAAACUUCUAAUCAAUUACAGUGCACCUUAGGUGUAGAAAUUUCACCCAAACUUUUAUCAGGUGAGGAGGAUGCACUCAAUCAGACCUCUGAGCAAACCAAGUCUUUGUUGUCCAGUUUCAUAUUGGUUAAAGACUUAGGUCAGGCCAUACAGAAUUCAAUAACAGACAGGCCUGAAACCAGGGAAAAUGUCUGUCCUGAAGCUUCGAGGCCGUUUCCUGAAUAUGAACCACCUACCAGCCAUCCGUCAUCAGGUCCUUCCAUUCUUCCACCAUUCAUUUUUCCUGCCGCAGAUAUUGACCGGAUUCUCCGUGCCGGCUUUACUUUACAGGAAGCUCUUGGGGCUUUGCAUCAAGUUGGUGGAAAUGCAGACCUUGCACUUCUUGUUUUGCUAGCAAAAAACAUUGUAGUUCCUACAUGACUAUGGGAAAGUGGGCUAGACCGUUCUCCAUUCCCUUUAAAAAAAAAUGAAAGCUCACUCUAUAUACACACACAUACACACUCACCACGUAUACAGUAUAUGUAGAAAUCUGCAAGCAGAAUGUUGAGCCAGAUUUUUUUUUAAAGAUUUUUUUCGGCCAAAGUAAUUUAUGAUCUCGUCUGAUGAAUUUGUCUAUCCUACUUGUUAAAAUUUAGACCUUUUUUUAAUGUAUUGGCAGUAUGUGCAAACAAAAGCUUUUUAUUCUCAUUAAGAUGUAUUCUGGAAUAAAAUGGAUAGUUUUGUGU